CCAGCUGGGCCCUCUGCCCCCCACAGCCAUCCACGACCCAUGUGACAUCUGCCCCUAUAAUAGGGAAGUCCUGCUCAGAGCUGAGAAUCUGACAGUGGGGAAGUGUGGAAAUGAGGCAGGCGGAUGAGGCAACGAGCCGGCAGAAGGGCCUCACCCAUCACGCUCUUCCAACUCCUGAGUCUCCUGGCCCAGAGCUGACCAUGCCCCUUACAUCCAGAGAACUCCCCCUCCCAAGGAGGCCCUCAGGGCCUGGCACGGAGUCCUCCCUGGAGACCAGAAGUCAGCCAGCCCCCAGAAACAGAGUCAAACAACUGGUGGCCACAUUGGGCAUGUGCUGACAGCCGAUGCACGAAGCACGGAGACCAUGGAGACAGCAGCAGGCAGGACAGGAACUCAAGUGCAAGGCAGGGAUCUGGGGACAGGCAGGGGCUGUCUCCGCCUCCUUUCCUUCCUCCUCUGUCCUCCCCACCCCGCCAGCAUCCCCCACCCCCUUGGGGCCCAGGGAGCAGAAGCCACAGUCACUUCCUGAAGGCACCGGCCCAGCUCAGGUCCCACUUGCCCUGUGGCCCAUCACCCGCCUGCAGGCAUGGGGAGCCAUCAGGACUUCCGGAGCCUUCAAGCAAAGUUCCAGGCCUCUCAGCUCGAGACCAGCGAACACCCCAAAAAAACCCCAAAGCCUGAGUUCAACAAACUUCUAAAGAAGUUUCCGCCACCUGAGCUAAGCGAGCACCCCAAGAAGCCCCUGCAGCCCAGCUGCACUGAUCUGCCCAGGAAGCCCCCCAAACCUGAGCCAAGUGAACCCUCCAAGAAGUUCCCACAGCUCGAGGCCCCUCAGAAAGCUUUGCAGCCUGAGCCUGGCCACCCUGCCAAGCCCCCGCCAGAGCCCAAAUCCAGUGCCUUCCCCCAGAAGCCCCAGCAGCCUGAGCCCAACGAGACCACCCCAAACCCCUCCCAGCCUGACUUCGGUACCCUUCCCAAGAAGCCCCCUCAGCUCGAGUUCAGUGUGCACCCCAGAAAGCCCCCACAGCCUCAGGUCGGCGGCCUCCCUAAGAAAUCCCUGCCACAGCCUGAUUUCGGUGAGGUCCCUCAGAUGCCCCCCUGGAAGCCUACGUCCAGUGAGCCCCAGCCCCACUCCUCCCAGCCCGACUUCAGUACACUUCCCAAGAAGCCCCCACAGCCUGUGUUCAGUGUGCACCCCAGAAAACCCCCGCAGCCUCAGGUUGGUGGCCUCCCUAAGAAAUCUCUGCCACAGCCUGAGUUUAGUGAGGUCCCUCAGACACCCCCCUGGAAGCCUGAGUCCAGUGAGCCCCACCCCCACUCCUCACAGCCCAAUUUCAAUGCAUUUCCCAAAAAGAUCCCAGCCCCUCAGCUGAAUGACCUCAAGAAGCUCCUGCACCCUGAUUUUGGUGACCUCACCAGGAGGUCCUCAGAGCCUGAAGUCAGUGUGUUUCCCAAGCGGCCACGGCAGUCUGAAUUCAAAGCACCCUCCAAGAAGCCCCUGCAGCCUGAGCUGGGGAGCCUCCCCAGGGUGUCCUCGGAGCCCGAGUUUGGCCUGCUCCCCAGGAAGUUUCUGCAGCCUGAGGGCCAGGGCCCCCCGGGAAAGUUCUCGCAGCCCAAGUCUAGUGCUCUGCCCAAGAAGCACCUGCACGCUGAGUUCUUUGGUGAUCUCCCUAAAAAGCCCCCCCUCCCCGGCUCUGUUUCGGAGAGCUCACUCCCCACUGCCGUCACAGCCUCCCGCCCCAGGCUCCCACUCAGCCCUGGCUUUGGAGCCAGGCAGCAGAGGUCAGGAGCUCCCACUCACAGUGGAGGGUCGAGGCUGGGCCUCAAACCCAGCUACCCACCCCGGCGGAGGCCUCUGCCCCCAGUCAGCAGCCUGGGACCCCCUCCAGCCAAGCCCCCACUGCCUCCUGGCCCCAGGGAUGUCCAGAACUUCCGGAGAGCCACAGCCGCAGCCACAGCUCUGAGGAGGACCCGUUCUUCUGCUGGGAUCCACUCCCAGGCCCAACAGACUGAAGACAUCCUGCAGGACCUGGACGAGGUCUACGAGCUGUAUGACGAUGUGGAGCCCGUGGACAACGCCAGCCCCAGCCCCAAGGGCAGAGAUGACAUGCCAUCUACCCAGCAACCCCCCAGGCCACCACAAGAUCCAGAACUCAGGAAGGAGAAGGCACCCCAGCCACAGCAGUUGCCACCGGCAGACCCAAAGACCCUGAAGCAGAUCCGGAAGGCAGAGAAGGCCGAGAGGGAGUUCCGGAAAAAGUUCAAGUUUGAGGGGGAGAUAGUGAUUCAGACAAGGAUGAUGAUCGAUCCCAACGCCAAGACACGUCGUGGGGGUGGCAAGCACCUGGGGAUCCGGCGCGGGGAGAUCCUGGAGGUGAUCGAGUUCACCAACAAGGAUGAGAUGCUAUGCCGGGACACCAAGGGCAAAUAUGGCUACGUGCCCAGAACAGCUCUACUGCCCCUGGAAACGGAGGUGUAUGACGAUGUUGGCUUCUGCGACCCUCUGGAGAGCCGACCAUCCCCCCGGGGAACGACAAAGCAAGAAUAG